AGAUCGGUGAUCAGGUUGUGGGACUGAAAGGGAAUUCACUGGAAAAUUUCUCAGCUUUCAAGUAGUAUUUCAUUUGUAUUGUUUGAAAAUGUUGCGGAAAGUAACAGAGACAAAAAUGAGUUCUAAGAUACUGUGGCGUUGAAAUCAAUAUGGGGGAUUCGAAUGAUGAUCUCACCCUCACUUCGUUUCGUCCAAUCAGUCCAGAACAUUCCAAAACGGGUUUCUCUUUAGCUCGAUUUUUUCAGAGAAAACGCCAUGAAGAAAGAGUGGAAGUCAGGGUUGAUGCAACUAACAGCCAACGUCCAUCCAGCCCUUCAACAAGCCCACUAAGCUCUCCUAAACCACAGAACCGAGCGAAAAGUCCAGAGCCGUUUCACAGAUCUUGGACAUCUGCUUUGGGUCACAGGGCCAGCGCGCACAGCACGCCUGUGCCUAAGCGGCGUGCCUCGCCCGGCUACCGCAAUGUGCACGCCGUGCUCGGCCGUUUAAACGCAGCUGCAGGCGGGAGAGGACAGCUACGACAGGAGUAUAAAGAGAGUGAUUUCAAGCAAUAUUGGAUGCCAGAUGACCACUGCAAAGAAUGUUACGAGUGUAGUGAAAAGUUUAACACUUUUCGUCGUCGGCAUCAUUGUCGUCUUUGUGGGCAGAUAUUCUGUUACAGGUGUUGUUAUCUGGAGAUUCCAGGAAUUAUCAUGGGCUACAAUGGAUUUUUACGAGUGUGCAUUUACUGUCACAAUGUCGUGCAGCACUACACCCAGUCAUCUGAAUUGAAUCCAGUUAGGAACCUUGAACAGCUUCAGGCUGACUUCAGCACUGAUCCAGAGCUCAGUGCCAGUAACAGCAGCAACAUGAACUUGAAUGUUUCUAAAGUCUAUCCCUUCGAUUUUGAAGAUGAUGAGAACUUCUAUGGUCAGCCAACCCUAAGAAAAAUUAGCAGCGCAAGUGGCACAGGGAUGAGUUCUUACUAUGAGAAGUUGGAACCGAAAGACAGGCCACCACCCAUGUCCGGAAGGAGACCCUUUGACGCAUUUGGAGUAUGUGCAGCAGAAGCUGAUAUGUUGAAGCAGGAUUCUUUCCGAGAACUUUGGAAUCAAAUAAUGUCCCCAAGAUCUGGAUUGGACCUACAGAGUCACAGGUUUCGUUUGAGGACUUAUCAAAAUUGUUUUGUUGGUAGUGAGUUGGUAGAUUGGUUCCUGACACAUGAAAAAACAUCCACAAGACAACAAGCAGUUAUGAUAGGACAAGGGUUACUGGAGUCUGGCUGGCUCGAACCUGUUCCAAACACUCGUGAUGGAGGAGCGGUAUUCAAAGAUGAAUACAUUCUCUACCAGCCCGGAGUUGCUGCGGGGCGUGAGAUUUCCGCCAAGAGAUCAUCUCUAUACUGGUCAGAUGCAGACAAGUGUGGCGACAAAAAUGAGCCAUUGAACGAGAGUGACGAGUUUCAGAACAUUCCGGAAAAUGUCGAUGAUGAUAAUGAUGAAAUGGUGCCGCACUGGUUCCGACAACUGGAGCAACACGGAGUGGAAUCAGCUAUUGAAGAGUUGGACGCUAGUUUCGGUAAUGAAGCACCUGGAAAAAUAAACAACCAUAAAACAGGACUAAAACUGCUGGACCUUGACUUGGUGAAUGGCGUCACUACGGAGGAGGAAGACAACGGGAUGUCACUCAAAGUUGACUUGCAUCAUUUUGGAGAGCAAGGAAAACUUAACACAACAUCUUCAGAUGCGAAUGGCGAAGCAAAAGCAUCGCAGCUUUCCCUGAUCACUGACGUUCCCCCACCCCCACUGGAACAAUAUGUGUACAAUGAAGGAUACCCAUACACUCCUUUGAGACCAAGCAACAAGAAGAAUCAAGAAGAGUUGGUGUUGAGCAGCAGCAAUACUCCGGAUGAGAUCUUCAGUGGUGCUAUGAUAGCAAGAAAGAUCGGCGUGGACCGAGCUCCAGCAUCUGAGCUGGGAGACCUCAGAGAAGACAACGGAGAGAGGUUGGCCAUGGAACGACUGAGGACUUCUCACGCGUUCCAUUUGAACAUACUGCUGGAGCAGCUACUGAAGGAUGCUGGGUUAUCAGUUGAUUGGAAAGAUACCAUACUACCCCUAGUAAAAAGAGUUAGUGAGCAGGUGACUCCCGAUGUUCGUAAAGACGAUGAUAUGAACAUAUGCGAGUAUGUGAAGUUCAAAAAGAUUCCUGGUGGAAAUAAAAGUGACUGUGAAGUGAUCAGUGGUGUUGUGUUCACCAAGAACAUCGCGAAUAAAAAGAUGGCCUCCGUGCUGAGUAAUCCUAAAAUUCUGGUCCUUAGGUGCGCUAUUGAUUAUCAGCGCAAUGAAAAUCGCCUGGCUUCUCUGGAUCCGCUUAUCCUCCAAGAAUCCGAGUUUCUCAAGAACUUCGUGGCUCGAGUGCUUUCUUUACGACCCAAUAUCCUGUUGGUGGAGAAAAGUGUUUCACGCCUGGCACAGGAAAAUCUUCUGGAAAGGGGGAUCACGCUUGUCUUGAAUGUUAAACCAAAUGUGAUUGAGCGUAUCGCGAGGUGUACCCGAGCUGAAGUUCUUCGUUCCAUGGAGCAGCUCAGUCGACCACAACUGGGCACUUGCCAGUCAUUCAGAAUACAGAGAUAUACUCUUAAGAAUGGAGAGUCCAAGACUCUUAUGUUCAUUGAAGGCUGCCCAGCUGAUCUGGGCUGUACUGUAAACCUACGAGGCGGGAACAGUUUCGCGUUGGCUAAAGUAAAGCGUAUCUUUCGACACAUGGUGUACGUUGCUUACAGCUUACGACUGGAGCAGCAUUUUCUAAUGGAUGAGUUUGCUAUGCCUCCCGACGACAGUCAUUUGUUCGAAGAGUGGGAAAUGGCGAAGAGGAAUUUCGAAAAGAGGUUUAAAGUAUGUGAAAAAGAGGUGGAUGGGAAAGAGGAUUUCAAGGAAUUUUGUUCAGAACAGAGUAAGAACUUGUCUAACACGUCUCAGCAGGACACAGUUGAGGGUAGUGAGCUGUUCAUGACUGCCUUGAAAAGCACUGUGCUAUCCAGUUCGCCGUUUCUGGAUUAUCCAAUCCCGUAUUUGCUGACGGAAGCAGGCAGAAAUAUGCCUCUGAGAUCCACGCUUCCACCAGCUAUUUACUGGUCGGCGCGGCUUACCUCAGAUCAAAGCAGCCGUUCCUUGACCGAAGAGAGACUAGAAGAGUUUGAUUUUUCAAAGCAUCCUCACCAGCGAUGUCUAAGUAAGCUAGUUUGCAAAUUAGAACCUCAUCCAUUGUUGUCAGCAUCGUUAACUAUGGAACCCGGUGGUAUAGUGUUCCAAACAUUACUGUCCGACUUUCGUGCACAGGGAGGGCAAAUUCAUUUGACGAAAAAUGGGAUGUCUGUGCGUAGGAGUCAAAGCAAAUUAUUGAAGAGUUUUACCAAGAAGACACCGAAUGAGAAGAAUACCGAACAAGGCAGGAAUCAGGGAAGGUAUGAUGAAGGAAAGCCUAAAGCCCUAGAAAAAACUGUGGAGUCAAAAGACAAGAAAGAUCCGUUCGUUCCAGCAAGUCCGCUGCAUUUUAAUCGAAAGCAAAUGGAUUGUUUGGAUCCUUAUUUCCAUCAGAGAAUUGCUGUGUUGUUCAUCAGUUACUCAAACGAAUCGAAUAAUUCACCUCGGCCGUGCAUCAGUCCGUGGGCCGUCUUUAUGGAGUUUUACGGACGAAAUGAUAUCACCCUUGGUGGAUUUCUGGAGAUAUACUGCUUCAGGCCUUCCUACAUUUGUCCCAGCCCGAACUGUGACAUACCCAUGGUGGAUCACGUCAGGUACUUCGCGCACGGGACGGGGUCCGUGUACAUUCACAUGAGGAAUCUAGAGUCACCUAUCCCAGGAUUCCAACACACCGUUCUCACAUGGAGCUGGUGCAAAGAAUGUAAACAGGUAACGCCAAUUGUACCCCUCUCCCCUGAAGCAUGGGCAUUGUCGUUUGCAAAGUAUCUGGAAUUGAGAUUUUACGCAGGAAACUACAAGCGUCGAGCGAGUGUGGAGCCAUGCGGACAUUCUCUUCACAAGGAUCAUUAUCAGUACUUCGCUUACGCUAACAUGGUAGCUUCCUUCAAGUACCGCCCCAUCAAACUGUUUGAGAUUGCCAUCCCCCCGCCACAGAUUUUUAUUCAAGAAAAAACAAGAGAUGCCAGUUUUUGGAUCGGCGACUUGCGUGCCAUGACAACAAGAGGCGACACGGUAUUCGCUGCGAUUUCUGAUCGCCUUGAGUCUCUUAAAGAUUACCCCAUUAUUUUGCCCGAGCGCCAAGCGAGGAUACAACAGCUGUUCAUAACACUCAGUGACGAGCACAAACGUUUCUUGGAACAAAUUGAAAUCGUGGAAAAGAAAGCGGCCAGUCUUCAAGAGCUAGAUAAUCCGCUGGCCAUGGAGGACGUGGGCACCUGUGAACACCUGGCUCCAGAAGAUAGACUGGCGUUAGAGUACGUCAUAGCAAGCAGCUUGAAUAGUCUCAAGAAAAUCCUAUGUGAAGCAGUUGAGAGUUGGAACAAUACGUUACAAGAAUAUGCUCAGGCUGAAAAGAAGAGAAAUAUCAAAUCUAUGACUUCUUCUUACAAGGAAGGGAGGCUGUUGUCUUCAGUGUCAAGCGAUGCAAAGUCGGUAUCCGAGCAGCUGUCAAAAUCGACUGAUCUGAUUGGUAUACGUGCGUCUGACCUCAGUGUUCCAGAUGGAAACCUUAGCCCCGCUAUCACCCCCUGGGGAUCAAGAUCACCAUCACCUCACCCCAGCCCUGACACAAACGAAGAUGAACAUGAAGUAUUGACUAGGGCAGACUUGGAGGUACUCAAUGCAACUACUGGUUUUCGACCUAUUCAAUUCCCUGAGAAUGAAACCAGCACUCCUAGAGACUCCCCCACAGCCGGUAUAUUACCCGUAGGAGGGGUGGUCAAAGGACAUUCCAUGCCUGAGUCGAAAAGGGAGACUCUAGUCUGGGUUGGUCUUGACAAAGAUGUUGAAAGGAUUGAACGACCUGCCAACGCGAUGAGGGCCUUUGUAUCCGUUACACCGAAGCGGGAGGAACCAGAAAUCUCUGUUAGAUCAAGUAGCGGAGAAGUCGAAGGUGCAGCGGCUUCCUUUGAAAACAAACAGGCUACCGCUAAGGAGCCUUCAGAAGUAAAGAUGGAAGGCCUGGAAAAUGUUCCAGUGGAUGAUAUGGAUAUCCGUGCUGAAAAUGAUCACUCUGGUGUCAAUGUGGGCGGUACGGAGAGGCCAGUGGAUGUUGAGGUGGAGAAUAAUCAGGGGGCAAAUCUUGGGGUGCCUUAUGGUAACAAGAUGGAAGUGGGCAAGGGUCCCUCUGGCGACAGUAUGGUCGAAGCAAAAGGUCCUUGUAAUGACAAGAUGUACGAAGGAACAUUGACGAGCGUUUGUGCAGAGAACUCAGGAGGAGGACAGCUAGUUGAAAAUGAACUGCACUUUGAAGGCAGUAGAACCACCUCUUGGUACUUUGCUGAAAAAGAGAGCGAGGACGAGGAAACCGAUGAAAUCUGUAAUUCAACUUAUGAAGGGAAACAAAAUGUAAGUCAUGAACAAUCUUUAACGUCUCUGGAAGAGAGAAAUGAACCUCAUGGAACUGAGACCGUAAAGCUAAAGACCACUUUCAUACGUGGUCAUCGUAGAGUGGCGUCGUCCCCCCCUUUCAUUGCUGUAUCAUCGAAGGAAAACAAGGUUGUUCCGGAGGGGAAUUCCACUUUUGCUGUAGGCUGUGUGGAGAGAAGCAGAAGUGACUCUGAUUUGAGUUCACAUGUUAAACAAGACCUCAAUGAGUCUGUGUUGUCAACUGAGAGCAACUCAGAGAAUACGAUUGAAGAUGAAACUGACGCAGGUAGGCGGGGAAAUAAAGAUAAGAGGGCCAUGAACAAAGAAGCAAAUGACUCUAAUGAUGAACGAAGCACGCACGAGGUCAGGAAAGUUAAAACGAUACCAUCAUCGUUGAACAAGAAAAGUCUUUAUAGGACCCAGUCUGUGGGGGCUUCAAACCAGCGCGGUUCACGAAAAAAGGGUGUCGUUCGUUCCUACUCUUGGGCUCUCAAUCAGCGGCAAACGACUGCUAAAAAGGCCUUUGUCUCAGAUGGAGGAGACCUGGAUGCUACGCUUGCCUCAGACGCAUCUGCUGGAACCAGUAAGCGUGGUAAAGUGAAAAAUAUCAUCUCAUCGUUUAUGUCCGGCUCUGCCUUUCAGCCUGUACCGUCCACUUUUCCAAGUCACGAACACCACCUCCUCCCCCCUGGGGAGAAAGUUCUCGUGUUUGUGAGUGAGAAAGAGACGAGCUCCAUCAUAGCUUACACACUGAGUACAAAGGAAUACAACGAACGCUUGCUUCAAAUUCAGGGGACUCUAUCAGAGAUCAAGAACGGGGCAGCCAAAGAUCACCUACAGAACAAAGGGGACGUCAGUAAAACUACGGAUUCAUCUGUCAAAAGCCAGUCACAUCUGGACAGUCAUUGUGGUACGAAGACGUACAUUAGAGUUGAUUCCAGUCCAGAGGGGGGAGAAGGUUAUGUGCAUUUAGACAUUGUAAAUACCGAAACGGGACUGGCAUUGGAAGAAGAAGGGGAGACGCCUUUUGUUGCCAAAGAAAAAUUAGAAUUCAUGAGCAAGAGUCAGGAAUUCUGCGCAGAGCCUGAGCCACAGGUAGCCCAGCAUGGUAAACACCGGAAAGUGGAGAGAGUUGUGUUUACAAAAACUAAGAACACCAGUAGUCCCAAGGACGAGGCAAAGAAGAUAGAAAAUAACGUAACGCCUGACUUUCCGGCUCAAGAUGAUAUCGGUCUUCUGCAAUUUGGCUUUCAAAGAAAAGAUGCAUAUCCUGUGGUGGAUUUUCAUGUUAAGCACCAGUUUGCUGACAGUACAUGCCGAUUUUACUGCAGUAUCUAUUACGCGGAGCAAUUCAGAUCUCUGCGAAAGAGGAUCUUUCCUGACGGCGAGGAGAAGUACAUCCGCUCCCUGCAGCAUUCAGUGUCUUGGGGAGCACUUGGAGGAAAAUCCGGCUCUGCUUUUUUCAAGUCAUUUGAUGACCGGUUUGUCAUGAAGCAGAUGUCAAGACAGGAGUUGCAAUGUUUUCUGGAAUUUGCACCUCAUUAUUUCCGCUACAUCAACAAAGCUCUGGAUGAACAGACUUUCGAUUUAAAAGGUUCCAUGAGAAGCCGGUACGUUCAGACUUCUGGGAUGAAGAACGAUGUAUUACUGGACGAGAACCUGCUUGAAAUGAUCCGCGAGUGUCCCAUAUUUAUCCGUCCGCAUUCCAAAGCCAUUCUGUCGCGUGCCAUUCACAACGACACCGAAUUCCUUGCUCAGCAGAUGGUAAUGGAUUAUUCGCUGUUGGUUGGUAUAGACGAAGCCCGGUCUGAACUGGUCACCGGAAUCAUAGAUUUUAUUCGAACAUUCACUUGGGAUAAGAAGUUGGAGAUGUACGUGAAAGCCAGCGGCAUUCUUGGGGGCCAAGGAAGAAUGCCUACGGUAGUGUCCCCUGAGUUGUACAGGACACGAUUCACUGAGGCCAUGCACAGAUACUUUCUUAUGGUCCCUGAUAAAUGGACUGGGCUCGGAAAUGACCUUGACUAAGGGAUCACUUUAGAUAAGUACCUUAUGUUUCAUCGAGGCCUUGUUCAAACGCUUCAGCGGUGAGUUAAAAAAGAUGGACCAAUCUUGAAAAUGAGCUCGUUUAUGUUACCGCUAGUGUGUCCUCAGUUUACUAUGGUGCAUGAUUCACCGAAGCCUCGCAAAGCUACUUUAUUAUGGCCCCUAGUUGAUAAACAGUCCUGUCUUACAUGAGAGACCCACUUUGCAGUUGCUCGGGUUGCUGGGGACUAAUUUGGUCGGAAGCCUGACUUAAGUCCCUUACAUUCGCUUCUAACUGUACCCUCAGUACCUUGGAUAGGUUCUGGAAUUAGAGGGUACAGCAAAUGUAGAAUUGGACCCUUUUUGCCACCGACAAUCAUUCUUAGACACGCAUACUUUCAUAUUUCAAGGAAGGGGGUAUAUUUUCUUUUAAUUAUGGCAUUUGUAUUUGAAUAUUUAAUUUAUGCUAUGAAAUGUUUGUAUAGAAUUUUUUGAAGUCGUAAAUUAUUUGGAGAAACAAUGAAUGGAGAGCAAGAUUGACAUUUUCAUAUUAAAAUAGAGAUAUUGUAAACAAUUAGUGUAUACUGGGAUAAAUGUUGAAUAGGGGUAAUGUUUAAUACUCUAAUAGUUUCUGUCAUUUAUAUUUGUGCAGUCUUGAUGACUCUAACUUUUCUUGUGACCUUUGUGACAUUUCAUUUGUUGUGACUUGUCAUCAGACUUCAGAAAUAUUGAAAAACGAUUUUUAUGAUUAAAGAGCUGAAAAGGUUUCUCAUUGAAAGAAAAUUUAAAAAAAUAAUAAUUUUGCGUUUUUGCGCAACUGAUCAUGAGUCGUCCUUCUUUCUUUGAUUUUUCUCUAUCUCUACCUUAAGUUAAAGUAAAAUCGUCAAGUCAUACUGGAGGUAACUUGUAAGUUUAUUUUAUUCACGCAAAGAUCCUUAAGAAAAAUGUUACAUUACUUGUCGUACAUUAACUAUUUCAAUGACAUCCUUGAAGUACUUAUUUCCAACUCAAAAAUAGUGUUGGUCGACUCAACACCUUUGAAGUAGGUCAAGUAUUCUAAUAUAUACAUCUCUGUAAUGAUCAACUAGAGUAACAUUUUACAAUCAAAAUAGUUCUAAAUCUUUCUGUUAGAUAAAAUUACAGGACAUUUCUUAGGAAAUUAAUUCUGAUCAUUCAAAUUGAUAACUUUUUUGUAAUUUUACUUUUAUCAAACAGCUAACAUUUUAAGGUUUGUCGUAAUUACAAACAGCUUUUGUCAUCUUAUAUAAAAGUUCUGAGAUAAAAUUAAAACCUUUCAUUUCUUAA